AUGUACACAGUUGAGUUCCAGAAGAGAGGGUUGCCACAUAUCCAUCUAUUAGUUUGGCUUGCUGAAGAGGACAAGUUGCGAACAACAGCAGAUAUAGAUGCAGUGAUAUCGGCAGAACUUCCGAACCCUGAGAUCGACCCUUUAGGAUAUGACGCUGUUGUCAAGUACAAGCUUCAUGGGCCUUGUGGUGGAGCAAAUGCAAACGCUCCAUGUAUGAAAGAUAAGUGUUCCAAACAUUUCCCAAAGGAUUUCAAUUCAGCAACCACGUUUGACAAGUCUGGUUGUGCUAUCUAUAGAAGAAGGGACUCUGGAAUCCAAGUGCAAAAGGGGAGUGCAAUUUUAGACAACCGUCAUGUUGUACCAUACAACAGAAAUUUGUUGGUUCGAUUACAAGCCCACGUCAACGUGGAGGUAUGUCACAAGGGGAAGCUCAUAAAAUACCUCUUCAAGUAUGUAACAAAGGGCCCAGACAGAUCGUUGGUGAUUGCUGAGAAUCCUGCAACACAAGCUACGGACCCACCAACGCAAGAUGCAAGACGCAAAGAUGAGAUACAACAAUUUAUCGAUUGCCGAACGUUGUCGUCGUAUGAGGCUAUAUGGCGGUUGAAUGAGUAUCCAAUUCAUGUUAGAGAACCAGCUGUUGUGCGCUUGGGCGUGCAUCUCGAUGGCCAGCAGAAAGUCCCCUACAGAAAGCAAUCAAGCAUUGACAGGGUUCUGAGAGAUCCAAAUGCGGGUAAGACACACUUGACAGAAUGGUUUGCACUGAAUUGUAGAGAUCCUGAGGCAAGAAGUUUGACAUAUGCACAGAUCCCAAACAAAUAUACUUGGCUACCUGACUGUAAAGAAUGGACUCCACGCAAAAGAGGAUUUGGGAUUGGGAGGGUUGCGUAUGUGCCUCCAGGAUCAGGAGACGUGUUUUUUCUUCGUAUGUUACUUACGAAAGUUCGCGGAUCUCUUAGCUACGACAUAUGA